CUUUCUUCUUCUCAUGACAACACGGGCGCUGCAGGCUGGAGCAUCUACAGGCGCCUGAAACAGCACAGUCAUGAACUGGAACAAAGGUGGUCCGGGUAUCAAGCGAGGGUUUGGGUUUGGAGGAUUUUCUCUUGCAGGGAAAAAAGAGGAAUCCGCCGCCCCACCUGACAAAUCUCAAACAUCGUUUGGACCCCCAGGAUCAAGUGGGGGAUAUGGGAAGAACCAGCAGCUCCCGUCAUUCUAUAAAAUAGGGACCAAAAGAGCGAAUUUUGAUGAGGAAAAUGCGUAUUUUGAAGAUGAUGAAGAGGAUUCCAGCAGCAAUGUUGAUCUACCAUAUAUACCUGCAGAGAAUUCGCCCACACGGCAGCAAAUGCAGUCUGGCGGUGGCGGCGGCUCAGACAGUGAGGAUGACCCACUGGAUGCCUUCAUGGCAGAGGUUGAGAAUCAAGCAGCGAAAGACAUGAAGAAACUAGAGGAAAAGGAAAAAGAGAAAAAGUCAGCCAAGGGUAUUCGCGAUGACAUUGAAGAAGAAGAUGAACAAGAAGCCUACUUCCGCUACAUGGCAGAGAAUCCCACAGCCGGCCUGAGCCUGGAGGAAGAGGAUGAAAACGUUGAUUAUGACAGUGACGGGAACCCAAUUGCCCCGACCACCAAGAAAAUCAUCUUGCCCCUUCCUCCUAUUGACCACUCUGAGAUUGAUUAUCCACCAUUUGAGAAAAACUUCUACAUUGAGCACGAGGAGCUCAUCAGCCUGACUGGAAUUCAAGUGUCGGAACUAAGGCAGAAAUUGAACUUGCGGGUAUCUGGUGCUGCCCCUCCAAAACCCUCGACCAGCUUUGCUCACUUUGCCUUUGAUGAGCAGCUAAUGCACGUAAUCCGCAAGUCUGAGUUCACUCAGCCCACACCAAUUCAGUGCCAGGGUGUGCCUAUAGCUGUGUCUGGACGUGACAUGAUUGGUAUUGCAAAAACUGGCAGUGGUAAAACUGCAGCUUUUAUUUGGCCAAUGCUGGUUCAUAUCAUGGACCAGAAGGAGUUGGAAGCAGGAGAAGGGCCCAUCGCAAUUAUCGUGUGUCCCACCAGAGAACUUUGUCAGCAGAUCCACGCAGAAUGUAAACGCUUUGGGAAAGCCUACUCAUUGCGUUCUGUGGCAGUCUAUGGAGGAGGAAGCAUGUGGGAGCAAGCCAAGGCGCUGCAGGAGGGGGCAGAGAUCGUGGUGUGCACUCCGGGUCGUCUGAUUGACCACGUAAAAAAGAAGGCCACGUCCCUGCAGAGAGUGACCUACCUGGUGUUUGACGAGGCUGAUCGCAUGUUUGACAUGGGCUUUGAAUAUCAGGUUAGGUCUGUCGCGAGCCAUGUCCGCCCUGACAGACAGACUCUUUUGUUCAGUGCUACUUUUCGAAAGAAGAUCGAAAGGCUGGCCAGAGACAUCUUGAUAGAUCCUAUCCGUGUGGUGCAGGGAGACAUCGGAGAGGCCAAUGAGGAUGUGACCCAGGUCGUGGAGAUGCUGCACAGUGGGACAGAAAAAUGGGCCUGGCUGAUCCGGCGGCUCGUAGAGUUUACUUCCUCCGGCUCUGUCCUUAUCUUUGUUACCAAGAAGGCAAACUGUGAAGAACUGGCCACUAACCUGACGCAGGAGGGCUACAGCAUUGGCCUCCUGCAUGGAGAUAUGGACCAGAGUGAGAGGAACAAGGUCAUCAGUGACUUCAAGAAGAAGAACUUGCCUGUUCUGGUGGCCACUGAUGUUGCUGCUCGUGGUCUGGACAUCCCUUCCAUUCGCACAGUGGUGAACUACGAUGUGGCGCGAGACAUCGACACACACACGCACAGGAUCGGUCGAACAGGUCGUGCUGGAGAGAAGGGUGUGGCUUACACCCUCCUUACCAACAAAGACACUACAUUCGCUGGAGACCUGGUGCGAAAUCUGGAGGGAGCGAAUCAAUCUGUUUCUAAAGAACUGAUGGAUAUAGCCAUGCAGAAUCCAUGGUUUAGGAAAUCCAGAUUCAAGGGGGGUAAAGGAAAGAGGCCGAACAUUGGAGGAGGUGGUCUUGGUUACAGAGAGAGACCAGGCUUGGGGGCGGAAAGUUCGGAGCGUGGCAGCAGCAGCUUGAUGUCUUCCACUAGCAGCUUUGAGGGCUACAGCAAACCAGCUACUGGGGCGAUGGGGGACCGCAUGUCUGCAAUGAAACAAGCCUUCCAGACUCAGUAUAAAAGCCACUUUGUGGCAGCGUCCAGCGGCCCUCCUAAGCUCAGCACCAAGUCCAACAGCUCGUCCUGCUGGACCAGUGCUGGCAGUCUGAGCUCUGUGCCAACCGAGUCUGCUAAUGGCUCAGAGAGGUCCCAGUGUGCCACCAUGUCAAUGCCAGGCUUCACCAGUGCAGGCACACUGAGCUCAGUGCCCCCCAGUCUAACCAGUUCACAGCACAGCUUCCCUCAACCUCAGCCGCCGCCUCCCCCUCCUCCUCCGCCUUCACCUCCCUCACAGAGAGACAGCUCACGGGAGAGACACGUUGAAGACCGUGGGCGCCAUGGGGAGAGUCACCACCGCCACAGUGACAGGAGCGACCGGCACAGCACUGAAGAUCGCCACAGCGACCGAGAUCGGCACGGAGACAGAGAGCGUGACCGCUACGGGGAACGGGAGCGCCACAGCAGCAGCCGCCACAGCGACAGUCGUAACGGAGAUGGGAGCAGGAGGGAAAGAGAUGAUCGGAGGAGCGACAGAGAAGGGGGAGACAGGGGGAGUGGGGAGGGGAGAGACAGGGAAGGGGGAGACAGGGGGAGUGGGGAGGGAAGGGACAGGGAAGGGGGAGACAGGGGGAGUGGGGAAGGGAGGGACAGGGAAGAUGAUAGCUUUGCUGUUCCUGAACCACCAAAACGUAGAAAGAGCAGGUGGGACAACUAAAGAAAAAAUAAUCAACACAUCAGUAGAAUAAUUCAUGCAACAACUGCUUCACGACAAGCUUGUCUGUGUAGGCAGAGAGCAGAGCAUAUCAGAGGCUGUUGCAGGCACUAGGCUGGAGGGGUAGGUUUACUGACGCCAGUGUCCAUUUGGCCUCAACAGUGUCAGACAGAUCAACACAAGCAGCUCCGAGACAGCCACUGUACAUACACCGUCAGGACUGUUGUUAUUAUAAGUCAAUAGGAUCGAGCAAUAGAGCUGUAACGAAUCCUGUCAGUGAACAAUUCCAAAUUAGGGCGUGUUGGUUGUUGUCUUGUUUCUACUCACUGAGCCCCUAAUAUGCUUCUGUGCUUGCAAACCUGACAAAUGUUCUUUUCCUUUAAUGAAUCUUUGCCAAGUGUGUUUGUGUAUUUGCAUUUUAUUUUCUACAAAGCUAACUGUUAGAACCGUUUAAUUUUUUUCUAUGGCGCUCUGUGAUUGUGUACGGUCACACAAGUACAUAAAAAAAAAACUAUCAGUAGCUCUUUUUGUGUCUUGUAUUCAAGUUUUAGUGAAGUGCCUUUCCCUGGCAUUUAGUCCGUCUGCUUUCGAAAUGUGUUUUCAGGAACGUUUGUUUCAAUGAGAGGGAUUUCAAGUGUUCAAAUGGAAAAGGGGAAGUUUUAAAUAAAAACACUUCUCUUGCA